AUGGCUCAGGAAAAUAUGUCUCUUCAAGGAGUUGCUUUUAGUUUAACGCCAACUAGCUCACCAGUCGUGUCUGCUGUUACAACUUCAACAGUGGCAUCGCAGUUGAUCGCUACGGCUCCCCUUGCCGUUCGCUCGUCGCCAUCUCGGCAAUUUCAGCCAAGUUUACACCAGCAUAUUGCUUCACCGUUAUUCCCAACUCGUGUUCCAUCGCCGGCUAUUGCAAAUCAACAAAUCGUCAGUGUUGCUUCUACUUGGCCAUCGAGUCAUCCAAGUUUGACACCAUUUUUCGCUCAGCAGCCACCACAACCCGUGUUACUUCAAUCAGCGACGCCUACGGUUACCCAACAACAAGAUCGUGCCGUAGCUGGACAUUGGCAACCGCCUCAACAGACGCUGCAGCAGCCGUUGUAUCGGAUUCAAAAUCCUGUCCCUUCAGGUGCUUUCGUUCGUGCUGUAGAUCCACCGUUGCCGGAGUCCCGCAUCCUGUUUCCGUUGGUCUCCCGCGUUUCGCCGCUUCAAUACGUCGAGUUUCAUCGGGAAUUAAUCAACCAUCCCAAUCAAGCUAUGGUUCGCUACGUGUUGGAUGGUAUAGCUCACGGCUUUCCGUCGGGUUUUGAUCCUUCACUAGUCUCUUUACGACCAUCGCACCGAAACAUGAAAUCGGCCUUGCAACAUCCCGAUGUUAUCGACAAAUAUUUGGCAAAUGAAAUUUCGCAUGGUCGUGUCGUGGGUCCUUUUGCCUCGCCACCGUUUCCUAAUCUACAGUGCAGCCCGUUUUGGGUCAUUCCAAAGAAAGGCCAGCCUGGUAAACGGCGUCUCAUUCAGGAUUUGUCGUCACCCGAAGGCCAUAGCGUUAAUGACGGCAUCCCCAAGGAUCCUUUCUCGUUGACUUACAUCUCCGUCGAUCAUGCCAUUGCUCGUUUGUACAGCUUGGUCCGGGUGCUCUUAUGGCCAAAUUUGACGUAGAAUGUGCGUACCGUAACAUCGCUCUCAGACCUGACGAACGUUUCUUAUUUGGCAUGUGGUGGCCUGAGUCAUAUUUCGUCGAUUUGGCUCUUCCGUUUGGUCUGCGUUCCGCCUCAUUUAUCUUCAACUCCGUCGCCGAAAUGGUGGAAUGGAUUCUUAAAGCUAAUUAUCGCGUUCGUUUUCUCCUUCACUACCUCGACGAUUUCCUGACCCUUGGCCCCGGCAACUCCACCGAGUGCGCUAGUAAUGUAGCCAUCGCCAGGUCCUUAUUCCUCCGUUUGGGUUUGCCUCUCCAUCCGUCAAAGUGCGAGGGUCCUACUACUACGUUAGUCUUUUUAGGUGUGGAACUAAAUUCUCUCACCCAGUCUGCUCGGUUGCCAUCCGCUAAAAUUUGUGGCCAUCGUAGAGCUUCUUAAAAAAUGGAAUCGUAAGUCUUGGUGCACUCGUCGAGAGUUAGAAUCCUUUAUCGGCUCGCUUCACCACGUUACGAAAGUUGUUCCGCCCGGUCGCACGUUCCUCCGGCGUAUGAUUAAUUUGCUCUGCGCUUUUCGUUCACCUACCCACCCUAUUCGGCUCAAUACGGAGUUUUUUCCUUUAAUGUUUACCUAGCUGCUGUCCGUUCCUAUCAUAUUGACCUUGGCUUCCCGGAUCCCACGAAAGAGAAACCACGGUUUCGUCGUCUGCUUCAGGGCAUCCGUCGUUAUCGGUCUGGCGUUUCCUCGUUACGCUGCCCCAUAACCCGCGAUCUAUUGGAUGUUAUUCAUUCGUCGACGGUUGGUGAUCUUGGCGUCUACGAUGCAGUUAUGUUUUGGUCUGCGUGCUUUCUGGCUUUCUAAGACUGAUCCUCUUGGCGUCGGACAGGUCCUGUACAUCGGGUCUUCAAGCAAUCAUCUCUGCCCUGUCUUCGCGCUUCAGGCGUACCUCGAUAUGCGUGGCAGCGGCCCUGGUCCUUUAUUCCUGUGGUCGGAUGGCUUCCCCUUAACUGCUCAACAAGUCAAUUUUUUCCUUCGCAAAAUCUUGAGGCGAGCCGGCGUAAUUGGGGAACUACUCAUCUCACAGCUUUCGCAUUGGGGCUGCUACUUCCGCCGCUGCGGCUGGGAUUCCGGAUCAUCUAAUUCAAGCUCUUGGACGUUGGACUAGCCAAGCUUACCUUCGCUACGUUCGCACAUCGCUGCAGUCAUUUUUCAACGUUGCCCCGCUGCUGUAGGGUUGGAGACUGGUGGAGAAGGUUAACGGUAACCUAACUCCAACCCCUCAUCUGGCUUGGAGACAUACUUGGAGGAGGUACCGUUAAAAUAGCAUGGUUCGUUGAGUUAUUAUCUGCGCCGAAAACAGCAAACUCAAAAGAAACACCGUUUCACCCCUAGCC